GGUGGUAUUUACAAGUUGUUUUACACUUUCUCAGACAUACAAACAAAUGAGUGCUUAGAGUCAAAUGGUGGGUGCUGGCAGGACAAGGCUGCUAACAUUACUGCAUGCCGGGAUACUUUCCGUGGGAAAGUAUGUGAAUGCCCAAUGGUUCAGGGAGUAAAAUUUGUUGGUGAUGGUUAUACUCACUGUGAAGCAUCUGGAGCAUUACGCUGUGGAAUAAAUAAUGGAGGUUGUUGGAAGGGAACCAAGGACGGCAUGACAUUUUCUGCUUGCAUAGAUGACCACACAAAGGGUUGUAAAUGUCCACUUGGAUUCAAAGGAGAUGGAGUGAAUAGUUGUGAAGAUAUUGAUGAAUGCAAAGAAAGGCUAGCAUGCCAGUGCCCAGAGUGCAAAUGCAAGAACACAUGGGGUGGUUAUGACUGCAGUUGCAAAGGCAAUUUGUUGUACAUGCACGAACAUGACACGUGUAUAAGCAAGGAUGUCAAAACAGAAUUUAGCUGGGGCCUUGUUUGGGUUAUCAUCUUGGGUUUGGCAGCUGCAGGAGUUGGAGCAUAUGCUGUGUACAAGUAUAGGAUCCGGAGAUACAUGGAUUCAGAGAUCCGCGCCAUCAUGGCACAGUAUAUGCCUUUGGAUAAUCAAGGAGAGGUACCUAAUCAUGUUUCCCACGGAAAUGUCUGAUAAUAGUCAUCGCUGAAGAAUGAUUGCGCGGGUAGAGUGUAACAUCAAGUGAUGUCGCGAUCAGCUCUUUUUUUCAGUUGGCAAUUGGCAUGAGGUUCUUUGUGCUUGUGUCAUUCAGUGAGGUCCUAUUUAUGUAUAUGUUCAUCCUAACAUUACACAUAAACUCCCAAUUUAUUAUAGGGGAAAUUUUCUGUAGUGGGAUAUGCACAAUUGUCUUUCACUUUGGACAUAAGCUUAAUGGAGGGUAAAGUUUUUGAGAAACAAACAUUAUGCCACUUUAGAGAAUGUUUCCAGCAUGAAGGGAAGCUUACUUUACUUCUCUGCCUUGAAAUGGUAAGGUGGGAUAAUAUGCCUCUUCAAUCACAUACUUGUUAUGCCGGUGAGUAAUAAUGACAACAUUUUUAUGCAGUGAA